AUGUUUGAGAUCGGAAGCGUGACGUCUAUUUCCAACAAUACGGACUCGCUGGUCUUCCAAAUGGAACUCCAACCGGAUGAGUAUCAUCCCAUGCGGAUUACCUUAUCGAAUCAAUCUCACGUUACACUUGACGAAGACUUUAUUUGUUUGAUCAAGACGCCCUCCAUCGGAUCCACCCUUAUUGGGUUUGGGGCGCAACGCCGCGGUGCAAUGGCCUCUGUUCACGAUCCUUCGAAAUCAUCUUCCGGUGAGCACAGCUUCCAAGGCGACAUUGGACUACGUAGUUCCGGACCGGCCACGGAACCCUGCACAGAUGGUGGUGACUGUGGGACUAUCUUUUGUUCGGUAGAGAACGGGGCUCCUUUUUACUUCCACCAUGUUUUGUCGACUUUAUCGGACGAUAUGAAGCUCUCUUACGGAGUGCCGUUCUUGGAAGUUCUCAACGUUCACCCGGAGACUCGUCAUUUGGUCCCUGCUACGUGGUCUGGAGAACAACGAGGGCGAGCCGAAGAAGAAAAAGGCAAAGACUUCCAGUAUUCCAAAUGCCGAUGCCCACGAGGUUUCAGGGUUGCUGCAAUUUCAGACGAAAGUCUUGGAUCGAUCUACUGGUAUUAG